AUGGAAAUACAACCCCCCACAUCGACGCAGCAGCAGCAGCUGCAGCAGCAGCAGCAGCAGCAGCAGCAGCAGGAGCAGCAGCAGCAGCAGCAGCAGCGUGCAGCAGCUCUGGAGAGGGAGGUGGCAGAGCUACGGCGUAUCCGCGCCCAGAAGUAUCAGCUGCACCGCCAGCAGCAGCAGCAACAGCACCAGCAGCAGCACCACCAACUGCAGCAACAACUGCAGCAGCUGCUGCUGCACCAACCCGCGUCUAUGCAAGAGGGUAUAGAGAAGCAGCAGCAGCAGCAGCAGCAGCAGCAGCAGCAGCAGCACGUAGAGCGCCACAGAGCCCAGCAGCCGGAAACCCCGCGCCGGCUAACGCCGGCACGCAGUGCUAAACCGCAGCAGCAGCAGCAGCAGCAGCAUCGGCAGCAGCAGCAGCAGCAGGAGAACGAUGGCCUCAUCUACGUCAGCAGCAGCGACAGCGACGAGUUGGCUGUUGAGGCCGUAGUAACAAAACAGCAAACUAAGAAACGAGACCGAAGCAGCAGCAGCAGCAGCAGCAGCAGCAGAAGUCCUCCAGACCGCAGCAGCAGCAGCAGCAGCAGCAGCAGCUGUAGUAGUAGUAGUAGUAGUAGUCCUCCAUACCGCAGCAGCAGCAGCAGCAGCAGCAGCAAGGACAACCGAGAGCAGCUGCCGAGCAGCAGCAGCAAAUCAAGCAAAAGCAGACACAGCUCAAAGAGGACUCAUGCAGAUAGCAGCAGCAGCAGCAGCAGCAGCAGCAGCAGUACUAGUAGUAGUAGUAGUAGCAGCAGCAGCAGCAAGAGCAGCAGCAGCAAGAGCAGCAGCAGCAAGAGCAGCAGCAGCAAGCACCAACACCGUGCAGGCGAUGAGGAGAGCAGCGGGAGAGGCACAGCUGCGGCUAUCGCCAGCAGCAGCAGCAGCAGCAGCAGCAGCAGCAGCACGAGCAGCAUGGACACCUCUGAAGACCCCGAGACUGCGCUGCCGGUAUAUAGAGAUGAACUCGAUAUCUUAACCUGGAACCUGGACGGCCUGGACGAGCGUAUGCUGCGGCUGCGUACGCUGGCGGUGUGCUCCGAGUUGCUGCUGCUGCAGCCUGCUGUUGUCUUGCUGCAGGAGGUAGUAGACAGCAGCGCCAGGCUGCUGCAGCAGCGGCUGCAGCACAAAUACAACUUCUUCUUCCCUAGCCCGCCCCCGUACGCUGCAGCAGCAGCAAACACCAGCAGCAGCAGCAGCAGCAGCAGCAGCAGGACGUCCGCAGCCGCUGCAGCGGGACAAACAGCAGCAGGAGCAGCAGCAGCAGCAGCAGCAGCAGAACCUAUAGUACCUGGGUGUCCAUACUACUGCGCUGUGCUGCUGUGCAAGCAGCAGAUGCUGCCCCCCUCGCGGCAGCAGCUGCAGACGCUGUGGUUCUCCAGCAGCAGCAUGGGGAGACAUCUGCUGUAUGGCUGCUGCAGCAGCAGCAGAAGGCCUUCGGAGCCGCUGCUGCUGCUGACCUCUCACCUAGAAUCCAUGCGGCCUUAUGCGCAGCAGCGGCAGCAGCAGCUGCUGCAGUGCUUCGACCUCAUGGCUGCUGUCACGCAAGCAGACCCGCUGCAGCAGCUGCAGCAGCAGCAGCAGCAGCAGCAGCAGCAGCAGCAGGUGUUUGCGGAUGCAUUUCCUCUGGGGAAGCCGCAUAAGGUAAGAACAGCCAUUCUUGCUGGUGACCUUAACUUAAGAGACGACGAGUUGCUGCUGCCGCAGCAGCAGCAGCAGCAGCAGCAGCAGGAGGGUGGCCGUUUCAAGCGGACCUACAGCGAAGCCGACAGCAGCAGCAGCAGCAGCAGCAGCAGCAGGAGCAGCAUCGUGCCUGAGGGCACCAUCGAUGCAAGUAAAAAGAAAAUACAAACCAAGGUGUAG